CGUGGAAAUAUCGCCGCCAUGGAUAGACGUAUCAGCAGUAGUCGCCCAUUAUAGCUAGUUGCUAUCACGGUGCACGUGUUCAAAAUACCCACGAUGAGACACAAGUAGAAUAAUAAAGUGACAAAAAGUAUCUGUGAUAUAACCUUUUUUGGGACGCGGGCUGUCCUCACUUUCACCAAGUACCGCGAUUUCUAAAGAAACCUUCAAUUAUGGAUAACAAUAAGGAGUUUGUAGGAGCAACAGGGGAUUUUAUGGCGGAAAAGGAGGUUUCGAGGAAGGAGCCCUUCUGGGUAUUCGGCUACGGUUCAUUGUGCUGGAACCCUGGGUUUGAGUACAAGCAAGCUGUCACCGGUUACGUUAAGGGUUUCUCCAGAAGAUUCUGGCAGGGAAACGCUACACAUAGAGGCACUGAAACUAAGCCUGGUCGAGUUGCGACACUUAUUGAGGACGACGAAGGUAUCACAUGGGGUAAGGCGUUCCUGGUAGCAGCAGAGGACAAAGCCGCUUUACCGUAUCUCUCCACCAGAGAAUGCCAGCUCGGAGGGUACAGAACUUACACAGUGAACUUCCACCCGCGUCCCUCCUUCUUCCAAACCAGUUCUUACAACACUAGCAUCAGUACAACAGAGAAGAAAGACGCUUUACUCUACAUUGCUGUCCCUGGUAACAGGCAUUGGUUGGGUUCUGCACCGUUACCAGAAAUAGCUAAACAAAUUCUAGAAUGCCGUGGCGCGUCCGGGCCUAACGUAGAAUAUCUACUAAGACUAGCUGAUUUCAUGAGAGAAGAGGUUCCUGAAGCAUUAGACGAGCAUCUGUUCUCGUUAGAAAGGCUUGUCAGGAAAUUCGCGGCCGACAUGAAGGUGUGCUUGAGAAGCCUCAUGGGUGAACCAGCAGAAGAAACGCCGAGGGAAGAUAAACAGGAGGCUAAAGCCGUCGUACCCAACUUUCAAUUUGCCUCAAGAGUGCCAGAGAAGAAGUUGCGAUGCGUGAAUAUGUGAUAUGGAUUUCAUUGAGUUUGAAUUUGUAAAAUGUUGCUGUGAUGACGAAUGAAGAAUUCCUAACUAAUAAGCGGAGGUUUUUGAUGCCAAAGACAAGUGCCGAUCUGAGUCUUCAAUGUCCGGCAAAUCUUUUUGUUAAUGGUUAGUGUAUCUUUAUAGACCGUGACGAUGAAUGGAUAAUUUUUUAAUAGGCGAUUCAACAUACCUUAUUAUAUUAUAUUCAACCUACCACAUAUUGUUCAGUGGAUAGACUCCCAAAAUAAGUAUGAUUAUAGAUUAUGUAUUUUAUUGUAACUUUACAGGGUCAGACAAACGGUGUAACGUAAAUUUGACUAUGACUAAAAUUCAUAACCGCCAUUUGAAUUUCGACGUGCAUCUCCAUUUCUACUUAAAUAUUUAAGAACAUGAUGUUUUUAUGAGCUUCGGUUAUAAAGCAACUUUC